ACCGUCCAACAGUUUGAAUGUCCGCCUCCUUUUGUCAAUUUAUGCAAUAUACUUUGCGUGCCCUGCAAACCAACGAGUUGCGCUUUCCGGCCGGCGCACACCUGGGCACGUGACCCGCUCUCUCCCUUGCCGUCGUCUGCUAGGUGGAGUACUCUCGCAGACGAUGCUGCGCCAAGCAAGAUGACGGCGUUUGGUGCGCGCCUUUUCAGCACCACAAGGAGUGACACAAUGUGCUACAACGUUCAGAGGACAGAGCUGCCGAGGUUUAUUGCGUCGGCUUUCCUCUUGUUAUGGGCCAUAGUUCCUGCUGCCGACGGAGGCAUCAUCGCAGCGACCCCCAUCUGGAGUGCUGUGUCCAGUUACUACAUCGCAGACGUGAGCUUACCCAACAGGUUUCUGCCGGGACCACAGUACUGUCCGGACACUGGACGGACGCUGUGUACGCACGUCGACCGCUAUCCAGCUGAGCGUAUCUACGACGUGCUGAUGUCGAGCAAAGCGAAACACUUCAACUUGUCGUCGCUGUUCGUGGACGAACGUGAAGGAGACGCGGAACCAAACUUGUCUUCCGUGCCGCCUCGAAGGGACAGUUACAUCGUCUACCAGACGGCGGUGCACUACAACUUUCCGCCUGUCCUCCCUCCAGCCUUCGUCUAUCACAAGAGAGGCCUGGCGAAACGAGCGACGGAAGACGUGGAAGCAGCCUGUCCCGUUCGCACCAUGUACAUCUCACCGAGGGCGGCACUCAACGACAGGUCCCUAUGGAAGUUCGUCGUCAACGUACCGGAGAGGGACGUCCGCGUCAGGCAGGUCAUACGCGUCGACAUUUGCCAGUCCCCCGAAACGCCGUGCUCGAACGCCAUCAGCCUGCCUUUCGGCUACGUCAGCAAGUGCCGACAGAAGUACCUCAAGAAGAAACUCCUGUCCCUGGACGCUGACGGCGGGGGAACAUCGGAAGAAAACUUCUUCGUGCCUUCCUGCUGCGUCUGCCAACUCGUCAGAGAAGACAUCAAGAAGUAGACACCUGUGUGUCCAUACUCACGCAGUUAUCGGACUUAUGCUGUGCCAACAAGAAGGGGAGUGCCGUUUGAUGAAAGGUCACACCAAGUGGCGUACGCACUCUUUAACUUUUCAUUUUCACCCCAUAUUCCAUCAUACCGUAUUCUGCGUACGCCACCGGUCUUGCCAAAGCGAUAAGAUGCAGAGGUUGUGGACAAUGUAUAUGAUGGGCAGAGCGCAUGGCAAACACACACACACAACUCCGUCCUCCCGCGAGACUGCGGCUCAUUGCCAUAAGGAGUAUUCCAGUUCCUGUAUCCGAAUUACUCAAUAAACGACGCGUCCUCGUCAA